AUGUACAGCUGCCGGCCUCCGGGUGCAGACCUGCAGUACCGGCUCGUCAGGUUCUUCGCGGGCAGCGGGCCCCCACCGCUGGAGGAGGUGUUCUUCGCGACGCAGAACCUGUCGCGGGCCACGCAGGAGCAGGUCAUGAGCACUUGCCCCGGCCUGCUCGUCUGCGCCUUCAUCCUCCUCGCCGAGAUGCGGCUCCCGGUGUCGCCGCGCGAGGCGGCCGACGCCAUCGCGAAGGCGGACAGCCUGGCCGCUGCUCUGUCUUGGGACGCGUACGAGGCCGAGGCAGAGGCCUGGCCGAUACAGCAGGCGAUGGACAGCUACCAGGAGGCCGCCAGCGCGAUCGAGGUCGCGGCGGCGCGGCCCGCGCCUUCGGCGCAGCUCGUCGUUGCACACUGCAGGGAGUCGCUAGGCUGGCUGGUCGACGGCCGCCUCUAUGUGCCGCCUCUAGAAAGGCUGGCCGUGGACCUCUUCGUGUACGAGAAGUGCGGCCAGGCCACAGACAUCGGCGCGCUGUCCAGGCCCUUUCGGCAGGUGCAAACGAAGCAGGUCGACGACGGCGACUUGCGCACCGACGAGUGCUCGGCCUACCUGCACCACGUGAUCGACCACUACGACGGCCCGCACGACUACACGCUGUUCUUCCAGGCAGAUGCCGAGGACCACCUGCAGUGGGGCUACCUCGCCCUCGUGCUGCGUGCCAUCGAGCACCGGUCGCUCACUGCAGGCUUUGUGCACUUGGACUACCCGCGCUUGGUGUCGUCCCUGUCUCGGAGGUGCCCCAGCCGAGGCAGCGGCGGCCCUCCCUGGUGUUCCUCGUGCUUCCCCGGCCUACUGGAGGCGUUCCGUCGCCACGGCUGGGUAUCCGCGUCGCAACGCAGGCCAAGAUGGGCCCCAGGAGAGGUCUUGGGACCGCUUUGGGGGGCAUGCGGCGUUGUCUCAGCUGGCCCUCCUCCGGUUGUCCCCGUGCCGGGAGGAGGUCUUCCGGCGCAUCUUCGGGCGCGCCCCGCGGGGGACGUUGGGUUCCUACUGCUGCGCGCAGUUCGCCGUGGCGCGGGCGCGGGUGCUGGCCAACCCGCUCGAGAGGUACGUGCGCAUGCUCGAGAUGCUCCGGGAGGAGUCUCCCCCGGAGUGCCACGACAUCCCCGGCCGCAGCACGCAUUGCCUCAUGUACGAGGUCUACUGGCACGUGCUGUUCGGCGAGCCCGACGACCUGCCCGACCGGGCGGACAACCCAGACUCCCCCUGUGCCUGCGCACCCGGGACCUCGAGAGCGAGUCCUACCUGCCCGGGGGCUCCUUUGCGAGGCUGGCGCUGGACCUCUGA